GCGGCCGGAGGGAGGGCGGGGGGAACUCAAGGCCUGCUUGAUACGUCCGCCAUUUUGGGCGCUUCGCUGAUGGUGUCGGUGAGCGCGUUUCCCGCCUGAGCGCAACUAGCGGCGAGUCGCGGGCACCUCCAGGAGAGCUUCUGUUUCAUGUCCACCAUCCCGCUUUAUUCUUGCUGAUCUGCUAAUGCAGUAAAUUGGAAGACAGCUGUUGCCAGGAUAACCUGUAAUGGGCAAGGAGCCACAGAGAAGAAAACAUUUCUUUUAAUUUUUAACCUUGGUUUGAAAGUUGUGUUGCAUGCACCCUGGAAGGAGGUGGCCCCAUUUAUCAUGUUACUCUGUGCUCCUCAAUGCGACCAGCAUGUUUUGGAAAUUUGAUCUUCACUCAUCAUCCCACAUAGACACACUUCUAGAAAGAGAAGAUGUUACACUGAAGGAGCUGAUGGAUGAGGAAGACGUUUUACAGGAGUGUAAAGCUCAGAACCGCAAACUUAUAGAGUUUCUGUUAAAAGCAGAAUGUCUCGAAGAUUUAGUCUCAUUCAUUAUAGAAGAACCACCUCAAGACAUGGAUGAAAAGAUCCGAUACAAGUACCCAAAUAUAUCUUGUGAGUUGCUCACUUCCGAUGUCUCCCAAAUGAAUGAUAGACUGGGAGAAGACGAGUCCUUGCUAAUGAAAUUGUAUAGCUUCCUCCUAAACGAUCCCCCCUUGAACCCACUACUUGCCAGUUUCUUCAGCAAGGUGCUAAGUAUUCUUAUCAGCAGAAAACCAGAACAGAUCGUGGAUUUCCUAAAGAAGAAGCGCGAUUUCGUCGACCUUAUUAUAAAGCACAUAGGAACGUCGGCCAUCAUGGACUUGUUGCUCAGGCUGCUGACGUGCAUCGAGCCUCCACAGCCCAGGCAGGAUGUGCUGAAUUGGUUAAAUGAGGAGAAAAUUAUCCAGAGGCUUGUGGAAAUAGUUCAUCCGUCGCAAGAAGAAGACCGGCAUUCAAAUGCAUCACAGUCACUUUGUGAAAUUGUUCGCCUGAGCAGAGACCAGAUGUUACAAAUUCAGAACAGUACAGAACCGGAUCCCCUGCUUGCCACUCUAGAAAAGCAAGAAAUUAUAGAGCAGCUUCUAUCAAAUAUUUUCCACAAGGAGAAAAAUGAACCAGCCAUAGUCAGUGCAAUCCAGGUACUGCUGACUCUACUUGAGACUCGACGACCAACAUUUGAAGGCCAUAUAGAGAUCUGCCCACCAGGCAUGAGUCCUUCGGCUUGUUCGGUCAACAAGAGUGUUCUGGAAGCCAUCCGAGGAAGACUUGGAUCUUUUCACGAGCUCCUGCUUGAGCCGCCCAAGAAGAGCGUGAUGAAGACCACAUGGGGCGUGCUGGACCCUCCCGUGGGGAACACGCGGUUGAAUGUGAUAAGGCUGAUAUCCAGCCUCCUUCAGACGAAUACCAGCAGCAUCAACGGGGACCUCAUGGAGCUGAACAGCAUUGGAGUCAUAUUGGACAUGUUCUUCAAAUACACAUGGAAUAACUUUUUACACACACAAGUGGAAAUUUGUAUUGCACUGAUUCUUGCAAGUCCUUUUGAAACCACAGAAAAUAGCACAAUUACUGAUCAAGACGCCACUGGUGACAGUUUGUUAUUGAAACAUCUCUUUCAAAAAUGUCAGUUAAUAGAACGAAUACUUGACGCCUGGGAAAUGAAUGAGAAGAAACAGGCCGAAGGAGGACGCCGGCACGGCUACAUGGGCCAUCUGACCAGGAUAGCCAACUGCAUCGUGCACAGCGCCGAGAAGGGCCCCCGCAGCGCGUCGGUGCAGCAGCUCAUCCGAGAUCUUCCAGAGGAAGUCAGGGAGCGAUGGGAGGCGUUCUGCGCAAGCUCCUUAGGAGAAACUAACAAGAGGAACACGGUAGACCUAGUUACAACCUGCCAUAUUCAUUCAUCCAGUGAUGAUGAAAUUGACUUUAAAGAAACGGGUUUCUCACAGGAUUCUUCUUUGCAGCAAGCCUUUUCUGAUUAUCAGAUGCAACAAAUGACGUCCAAUUUUAUUGACCAGUUUGGCUUCAACGAUGAGAAGUUUGCAGACCAAGAUGACAUUGGCAAUGUUUCUUUUGAUCGAGUAUCAGACAUCAACUUCACUCUCAAUACGAAUGAAAGUGGGAACAUUGCCUUGUUUGAAGCUUGCUGUAAGGAACGAAUACAGCAGUUUGACGAUGGGGGCUCUGACGAGGAGGACAUCUGGGAGGAAAAGCACGUCGCCUUCACGCCGGAGUCCCAGAGGCGAUCCAGCUCGGGGAGCACAGACAGUGAGGAGAGCACGGACUCUGAAGAAGAAGAUGGAGCAAAGCCGGACUUGUUUGAACCCAGUGGCGCCAACGCGGAGGACAAGAUGGAGGUGGACUUGAAUGAGCCGCCCAGCUGGUCAGCCAACUUUGACGUCCCCAUGGAGACCGCCCACGGUGCUGCCUUGGACUCCGUGGGGUCUGACGUCUGGAGCACAGAGGAGUCAGUGCCAACGAAGGAGACAGGCUGGGCCUCCUUUUCAGAGUUCACGUCCUCCCUGAGUACAAAAGAUUCUCUAAGGAGUAAUUCUCCAGUGGAAAUGGAAACCAGCACUGAGCCGAUGGACCCUCUGACUCCCAGUGUCGCCGCGCUGGCUGUGCAGCCGGAAGUGCCAGGCAGUGUGGCCAUGGAAGCCAGCUCUGACGGGGAGGAGGAUGCAGAAAGUACAGACAAGGUAACUGAGACAGUGAUGAAUGGCGGCAUGAAGGAAACCCUCAGCCUCACUGUAGACGCCAAGACAGAAACCGCGGUCUUCAAAAGAGUAUUGAAAUCCUACCGUGAGGAAGGAAGACUGUCUACCUCUCAAGAUGCUGCUUGUAAAGACGCGGAGGAGAGCCCCGAGCCGCCAGAGGGCAAGUCUGCCGCCCCCCGGCCCCCCAGCCGGAGUCCGGAGCAGAGGACUGAGCAGCCGAGCGUGCCCGGCGACGCGGCGGUCAAUGGCCCCGUAUGAUGAGCGGGCUCUGCUGCUGCCGACUGAGGACUGCAGGCGCCACCGUUGAGGGCUCAGGGGCUUCCUCUGGAGCCCGCCGAGCCACCACUGCUGCACUCACUCUGCAAGGGAUCAGGACCAGCAAUCUUUAUAUUCGAGAUUCUAAGACAUUGUACAGAGAAACUCAGAAGUGUACAAAUAUUGCACAUUGACAAAUACCAAGAAUUUCUGCGUAUGUUUAUAUUGUAUUGUUCUAAAUAAUGGGCCGCCUGUGAAGUCAGAUCUUGCCACCCGUGUAAUGAUAGCAGUACUGCUAGGGCUCAGACGGCUGUAAGAAUAGUUUUAUAAAAGUGAAGACACAGAUCUAUUGUAUUUGAAACAUAACUAUCUGACAAUUAUUAGUGUGACCAAAGUUUUAGGCAGUUUUCAUACAUUUUUCACCUUGUACAAAAUUCUGAAUUCAUUUUUCUUCCAAGUUGGCAAAGAGUUCUAGGAUCGAAAUGCCCUCUAAGUGUUAUUUUGGUUGUUCUAACUUACAAAAGUGAUUUUGAAUAAGAAAUAUUUGGUGUUCUUUUUAUAACCAGUUUUUGAUUGGUAACUGUUUUCUGUAUUGUUUAAAACGGAUCAAAAAAAAUGUAAGUCUAUUAGUAGAGAUUAAGUAUUUAUUGCUACACCUUAGUUGACGAAUCGGUGUUCUUGUAAAGCCAUAUGUUCUGUUCAAGUCUCGUUUGCUUGACAUGAUCAUACCUGCAGGUGAAACACUAGACUAUUUGGAGUGUACAUGGCUUGUGGUUUGGGGGUUUUUUGUUGUUGCUGUUUUCCGGUUUUGUUUUUUUGUUUUGUUUUGGUUGUUCAUCUGCCUUUUAACCCAUUCACCGAAAUUUUCCUUGUUAACAAGCAUCCCCAAUGAACAUUUCAGAGCAAUCUGCGUAUUUAACAUACCUAAACCAUCUUAGGCAAGUCAGUUGAAAAAUGCUCGUGCUGCUAAUGGAAUUAGAGUGCGUUCAUUUUCCAGGCUAGUAUUUUAAACUAGACGUCAGAACCCGGCACCUGAGCAUGUUGAUUGUUUGCUGUACCUGGUGAGGUUUUCCCUCGUAAAUUCUAAACCAGUGUAUUUUUUUUUUUUUUUUAGAACUGGUUUGUGUACAUAUAUAGUGAUUAUGGAUACUAAUUCAAUGUAAUUUAUAAUUUUCUAUGUCAAUAUAAAAAUACGUCACAGCCUUCUCAAACAGCUGAAGCAAUAUAUUGUAUAUUGCCGUAUCGUCUGGUGAAAGGGUUAAAUUACUUCACCUCUUGCACUUUUAGAUGCAAAUCAGUUUUUCAUUUCUGUAAUAGAAAAUUAAUUCACGUAUUUUUACAUCAUUUGUUUUUCCUGACCAGUAUUUAAAACCAAAAGGAUAUUCUGAAAAAUGGCCAACAAUUUUUUUAGAAAUAGGAUCCCAAGCAGCGUGCCUAAACAUGACAUUGCAUAUGGAAAUAAAAGAUCAAAUGUCUAAUGCCUUAUUUCUUACUUCCUGUCCCACGGUGAGGGGCGUAGAAACCCUCCGAGGGUCCCCGAGGCAGAGCCAGCCCUCGAGGACCGCAGCCCGCCGCGCCCCGGGACGGACGGCCUGGGGCGCCCGCUCAGGAAUCCUUUCCGUCACGAGCUCCUCUCAGAAGACGGCCCUCGCGCCCUCUCCCUGGACCCUGGCGCCGCCGGAGGACAGGGACCGCACCCGGCCCGGGACGGCGGCGGCGGCCGGGGCGCUGCGGCCCCUCGCUCUGGGGUUGGUUGGCUCCUCGGCCCCGCCCAAGGUAAACCCGCUGUCCCACUUCGUCCCCACCCCCGGCCGCUGACGGGCACGUGGGGUGCGCCUGGGGGUAGGGGUGUGUGUCCGGGCGAGGACGCAGGGACGGGGCGGGGAGGAGGGCCGGCCCAGGGCGCGGGGUGCUCUGUGAGGUCCUGCUUGAACUUGUGUGGGUUGGCCAGGCCGAGUGCGAGGACGGAUGUGUACCUGUGUUAAAAGUGACGACCACAACAAUAAAGCCUGAUUCUGUGUUUCUAGAAA